AGCGGUUUCUUGUGGCUCCGAGCCAGAAUCGACGCUUUCUACCGAAGCUUUCCGAGCAAAGCCGAAAUGAAAUGGUCCACAAACCCGACAUCAACCGAAAGUCCUCAGCCCACUCCCGAAUCGGCCUCAUUGAAGUCUCUAGUUGUCGAGUUGGGGGGUGAUGGGGUGGACGAGAUUGGUGAGAUAAAGAAGGAAAAACAUUUCCAUCACUCCUGAGCCCCUCCCUGUCCAGUGAUUUUCGGAUCUGAGGCUUGACAAAGAUCAACUGUUCAAGAUGAAAGUAAUCGGCGCCGCAGUGCUCAGCGUCCUGUUCUGCACGGUCUUGCCAGCAUCUGCAAAAGUAAAAACGGAACACAGGACAGCUUUCUUUGGCGAGGACGUCCACAUCGAUGUCCCACGCGGGAAUGGCAGCGAGGUCAUCUUUAAAUCUGCGACCAGCGAGUCCUACGAUAUGCCGCUGAUCACAGCGGGGAAAGUGGUGAAUCACAACAUUUCCUAUUCCAACACUUUGGGCUACCUGGUGCUGGAGGACGUGCAGGAGCAGAACGAGGGCACGUACAUCAUCAAGGACACCAACAAUCCGAACACUGAAAGGCACUUCAAACUCAUCGUCAAGGACUGCGCCUUGGAGCAAAUUGUCAAAUACGGAGAAACCUACUACAUCCAUCUUAGCAACAUUAAAGGACCCAUCACCCUGGAGUUCAGGCCCAGUCCGUCUCAACUUAAUCAGUCAGAGACGCAGUACACAACCGAGCCUCCACCUGUGGUGCUGUACGACCAGACGGGUGUGUUGGCAGAAGAAUACAUGAAACGCCUCAGCGUGUCGGAGAAGCGUGUGGUGCUGCACUCGGUCAGGAUGACAGAUGAAGGCAGCUUUACAGUAAAAGACAGCGAGGGCAAAGUCAAGAUUCGGACCUGCCUGAAUGUCAGAGAUCACCUGUAUUUCAAGCACCUCGCUUAUGGAGACAACUUCAACAUGCAGCUCCACCUGCCUUACUCCAGCGUCAACGUCGUCUUCAAGCCCAAAUCAGACAGUCGGGGCCGAGCCAUCGUGGAUGAGGGGGUUGUGGUGACGCCGAUGGACCCGCUGCUGGAGGGCAGGGUGAACGUGGAGGGUUCACAUCUCACCUUGAAGAAGGUCCAAGUGUCUGACUCGGGUGUCUUCAAUGUGACAGACCUGGCUGGGCAUCUUGUGGCUGCUGUCUACAUAGAUGUAGCCCCUUAUAAGCUGCCUCCCCUGACUCUGGCCAUCCUCGCGCUGCUGGGCCUGGUUGCCCUCAUGCUGCUGGCGUGCCUGCUGUCCUGCAUCUAUAAAGUACAUAAGAGGAACGAGAAGAACAAGAAGUUGACGCUUAUUGCUCAGCAGGCUGGCAAGAGUGACGGCGAGGCUUUCAGACAGGUGGUUCGUGAGGCUUACAGCAGGUUCACCGAGGAAUCGCUGACACAGUCGAUGUGUGAUAAACCCAUGGAGAGUACAGAGGUCACCAUCAAGGGCCUCGAGGUGUCCAAACCAGGCCGCUACCACACUCUCAACUCAGAUAACUUUUUGGAGAUGAGCGACUCCGGAGUCGAGUUCACCAGCUCUGGCCUCCCACUGGACAGCGACACAGAUGCUGCGAUGACCUACGCUUCCCACAAGCCCCUGCUGAAUGCCGCUUCCCCUCCAGCCAUCUCUGAAGGAUUGCACUCCGAGGGCUUGGAGGCCACUGUGGUCCCUGAUGGCGACCUCAGCGCUAGCCAAACCCCUGACUCUGCCUUGAGCCCCAUCUCUAAUCCUCACUCGCUCGCAGCUGCGACCCCUGAUGGAAGCCUCCGUGGUGCUGCAUCGCCGGGAACCGCCUCCAGAGGCACUGCUGAGUCAGAUACGGCCAAGUCGGAGGGAGGGGCUGAGAGUGGAGAAGGUGAGCAGAAGGAGGAAACGGCCCAGAGCACCUGAGAGGGAGUACCAGGGUGUAUUUUUUUUAAGCUCACCUCUCCCAACAUAUCCACAGUCGUCUGGCAGGAACUUAUCAUAUCUCACACCAUCAAGUCCUUCGUCACUGCAUUUGAAGCAACAUCACAGACAAACGUUAAAGCUUGGAUCCGGAUGUCUAGCCUAGCCUAGAAGAAAAUAACUAAAGCAGCAGAUGCUCAAAACGCACAAUGCAAAAUUUAAAGCUCUGAAAAAUGAAAGGUAAAAAUAGAACCCCCCGAGCUGUAUCAAAAGCAGCUCCGUGCAUCUGGAAAAUGCAUGCAUUUAAAUUAAACAUUAGAGUAGCUAUCAUAGUUCAGAUCUACAGGACAUUGCUGACAUUAGAGUAGACUGCAUGCCUGCUAAAGAAGCAUAGGCUCACAAAAGAAGCUGUGAUGACACGAAAAGGGUAAAAAACAUUCAUCACUUUUAGGGAAACGGCUGAAGGGGAUCAAAUGAUUUUGAUUCCUGUGAAAACAAAAAAAGGCGACAGCAGUGUGACAGUUUGACAGGUAGAGCCAGCGCGCAUCAAGGAAUCAGACAAUUUUUCUAGGACCAAGCCUACUAACGACAAUAACAGCAGAGAGCGUCUCCCUUUCCAAUGGCGAAUCUCAAUGCGUUGCCUCUGACAGCACUUUUGUCUGCUCUCACUGCAUCAGACAAACACAGUGAUGAUUGCAUUUCAGCCCACCCACACGCAGCCUCUCUAUUAUUAACAGUACAAGCAUGUCGGAGAGCGCCUCCACAUCUCUGACAAAAGUGCUUGUUUCAGCAGUCAUUUACCCGGAGAAAAAUCUACUCGAGGUAUUAUUUCUCAAAAACCUGCAAAGUGAAACGAGCUAGAUUAGAUUGAGUACCCUACUACUAGAUGGCUGUUUCCCUUUCUCUCAUAUCCAGCGUGUCAAAUCUGCCAAAUUCAGGGCAUCAUCUGGAGAAAACUGCCUAAACGUCCACUUCAUCUCACUCGCACUAAUGAUAAAAGCUAAAAAAAGAGGGGAAAAAACACCCAAAAGAGCAACAACUAACUGCAGAAACUGUCCUCAUCUGUUUUACCCACCCAAGGGAGUUGUCACAAGCCCUGUCAGAGGAAAAUAAAAUCCAGAGACUAGCGUUCAACACGUCUGGGGCUUUUGGAACGGCUCCUGAGAACGUAAUUGGAUUCUCGGUCUCUUUGCAGACGGACCAAUUCACGGACACCGUCGAGUGAGGAGCGGUGAUAAAAGAGACGACAGAGAUGGAACAGUGUUCUAUUCGGCGAACAGAUAAAUGACUUGCAUGAUUUAAAGCCCCCUAUUUUCAUCUCAGCCCCAAUCCAUCUCACGGUGCUCCAAUUAUUGUAGCCCGGUUGUUUGCCAAAAUGAAGUGAGUGGAAAGGCACAGUUUGGAUCAGUCUGCGAUAACGAUGCAGCCCGCAGCCUCAACAGAAGGAGACUGAAUAAGUCGUGAGAAGUGUAAAUGUGUGUGUGUGUGGAGGGGGUGGUUCGUGUAAACCGAAACAACAUUAUUAGACACUCAGUGCUUCGUAUGGAGGCAUGACUCAAUUCAACCCAUUAAAAACAGGAAAUUAAAAAGAGGAGAAGAUACAAAUCACAAAUUAAGAGUUAAACUUGUUGCUUGUGCUUUAUGAAUCCCAACUUAGCACAUAAUUCACUAUAUGAUAGUCCAGUGUUGUUGACUUAGCUGUUACAAUGUUACAAUGUUACAAAGGCUCAAAAUCUGUUCAAUCACUGAAGUAAGAGCAAUAUUUAAGUUUAAGUGCUGCACGGCCACCUUUCAUCCAUUCAAGGGCAUUCGAAUUGUGAAAUCGUGCUGCAGAUUUGAGCUUAAAAAGUGUGAUUUUAAAAAGAGGCCACAGAAUGGGCUGGAGAUGUAGUCAAAUCUCUUUUAAAUUACAUCCUUGAAUAAAAUCAGCUUUUUCUUCUUCUUUUGAAGGGGCUUCUUUUCACAUGAGGAGGUUUGGUAAAUUAGCGGUCACUUAAGAGCAAUGAAAACAUUUUGUGGGAGAACACACACAGACGCUACAGGUGAGAAAUGGAAUAAGUGACGGCAGAUAAAACGUUUUUUAAAAGAAGCAUGAACAGAGUCAAUUAGAUUAAGCUCUCUCCAUCCUAACAACUGCUUCUGACUAAUUGGUUCCCCUUCCUCGCUGUGAAAGGAGCUCGUGGGCUAAUCCAGGUCACUGGAAGCUGAUUUACACCGCAGUACGAGAGCGAGGCGUCUCACGGCGCUGACGAAACGGCGUCCAGGCAUGUCCUGUCCUCCGCAGGGCCUGACAGUCCGUGAUACCACCAGGGUUGUGUCACGGAAACAUCAGGCACACGCUCCACCCUCUGAAUCACACCCGAACCACGCUUAUCUUCAUCAUCGAGUCCACAUUUCGAUAUCACUAUUAUGGCUGCCAUUGACAGCUGUUAGCAGUAAGGCUACCUCAUGCUGUAACCGAAUCAAUGUCAACUGGAAAAGAGAGAUUUACGAUCCAAACCUCCCAGGGUGACUAAUAGCGGUCAGACAGGUGCAGAUAAUCGAUGCCUGGCAAAGAAAAGCACAAAAUUUAACAAGUAAUCCCUUUUUAAAUUUUAAAAAGGGUCCAUACUGUAUUUAAAAAGGGUAAAAGAUAAGAAGCAGCUAUUGUAAAUACAGUAAGGUGAUUAGCAAACACAUAGACUUUUUAUUAGCUCGUUCCCUUCUUAUUCAGGAAAACUUAGUUUGAGUUGCGUAUUUCAGUGUCAUGUGUUUACAAUGACUUGUGUACCCUACAUUAAUGUGACUGAAUGAUUUUAUAUGGCUGUUUUCUAUGGAUGUGCUUUUGCUCAUGUGUAAACUGAGGGGCUUCCAAAACUCUUGUUAGGUGAGCAAAUUGAUGGUCAGUGGAGUUUCAAUUAAUUCUAAAGCAAUAUUAGUAUUAUAGCACUUACACAUUACUAUCACCCACAGGAAAGAGGAAUCAGGCGUAGCGCAUCCUAACAUGAUCAUGUUCACUUAGUUAUCCUUUUUUCACAGUUGUAAAUAUACAGAUAUGUGAUCUGCAUGUGUAUAGUGUGAAAAUACUAACAUAUUUCUUACUGCAAGGCUUAUGCAAGAUUUUAUACUAUUAAAAAGCUGCAUUUAUCCUUUAACCACACAUCGACAGUAAGCAGAAAACUAUGCCUUUAGCUGGGAAGACUCGUAGCUCAUGCCAUGUUUGUGUUUUUGGGCCACGGUCGUGAUCUGUGAAGUCCUUUCAUCAAAGCUGAUGUCAGCAGAGACUCUGCCGCCUCUGGGGUGCAAAGCAUCAAGAGUGCUGUUGAUUUAACCUCACACUGCCUCCGAGACCGGGGCAGGAAUGUCGGAUUCACAUAAAGUUCCAGAAAUCCAAACAAAUGCAGGCCAGUAGGAUAUAGUUACAGGAUAAUAAAUUGAUGAUAUGUAAAGAAACGCAUCUGUUUCUCAUAAAUACGCGCACGCUUCUUUGGUUUCUUGCCCAAAUCUGUAACUCCAGGAAGUCCCGGGUGAUUCUGGUCGUGCCUGAAAUCAUUCACUCAUUCGUUAUAAGCUGAUGCCUGUAAAGGAAGUUCUGUGUAGACAGCUGUCUGUGAUCAAACCUUCAAAUAUCAGUCAGGUGACUCUCUGCUGCUGUCACAGAGUUAAAACAUAACAGCAUCAGCCCUAAUAAACUGGCAGUAUUUUGGGUAUUAAGGCUGAUUUUCUCAGUGUCAUAAACAGAACAUUUCACCUUCAGCACAGUGUGCGAUGGUAUCUUUUGUAGUAGUUGUACUUACACUAUUUAGUAGAGCAUUGUGGUAUAUUUUAAGUGCACGAUAGGGAAAAAGGAUACCAGACACUUAGACGUAGCAUAUAUAUUCACUAUAUAUACACAAUUCACUAUAUUCAUAUAUAUGGAGAGAGAGAGACAUAAAAUUGUGAAUGAUUUCUGAUGCAUCGUUUGCUUGCAUGUUUUAUAUAAUUGUAAACUAGCAGCAGAGUUGGGAUUUUUUUCUAAGUUACAGAGUGUCUGAAGGUUUGUGAUAAGGUAACAUGAAGUGCAUCCUGUACCAAGGCCAGGGCUUAUCAACUUUAAAGCAUCAGAUACGCGUUCCUCUUGUGAUCAUGCUGCACGUAACCACCAAGAUUCAGAUAAUUCAGCCUGUUAAUUUACAGGCUAACCUUCCUUAGAGACAGCUUAAGCCAUUUAUCUGGCAUCUGCAAAGCUAGCAGCUAGAUGGAAACGAUGCAUCUUAACUAGGAUGCUGUUCUUGUCGUGCUGCCAGACAUGUUGCAGUUUUACUGUGGCACAAGAAACAUAAUUAGCAUAUUAUUCAAAAUGUUGCUGUAUGCUAAGUCGAAUUUUUAAAAAAAAACUCCAUUUAACCACAGCGGGGUAUAUCUGCUGCACAGGCUGCCAAGAUAUUCAGCAGAUAUAUGGAGUCCUUUGUGGAGCCCCAGAUACUGCUCAAGACAAAUAUCUGCCUGCUAUGCUUACUGUUUGGUCUGAGCUGUUAUGAAGUUAUCACAUCAGAAUAUCUGAGAUGCAUUCGUCAGGAAGAUUUAACAUUUACGUGCAGAUAUUUCAGAUCCUGGUUGACGUUUUAUUUUGUGUACUUCAAUUUUGAGAGCAGCAUACUUUCUCAAAUGCGUUUUACUUCAUAAAGAUGAAAGGUUUCAGAUCGAACAUGCAUCGUAAAGCCUCUUUUGGAGGGCACUUUGUGCUUGGCAGGGUGAAAGGACACCGCCCUCCUUUGGAUCGCAGCCUGUGCCUGCUGGAAUAAUAAAACUUUAGGUUCAGGCAAUCACGGCUGACAUAGGCUUUAUGAAAGGAUUUCACUUGCUGUCAUUCAUCCUCAGUCUGAUGUUUUCUCUUUCAUUACACAUCUGAGCUGCUAUUCACAAAGCCUCUCAGAACAGAAGUGUUGAUCCGUGUGUGGGUAGGGGGGAGAUUUAAUAAAAUGUUCUUUCAGUUCUGGUAGAUUCGCUCUCCUGUUAAUCUACUAUUCUCUGUAAAUCCAAAGAAUAUAAUAAAAAAAAAUCACGAAAUGAUGUCUGCAGUGUGGCAGUGCGCUAAUACCUCUGAUCAUAACAGAAAUACGCUCUCGCACGAAAUAUCCACACUACUGUUCACUGCAGCUUCUGACUCUCACAUCAAUUAAAUUUAAUUCACUCCAGUUCAAAUCAGUGGCUUUUGUGAUUGAAUUUAGUCUCAUCUCUGAUUCAUGACGGAUAAUUGGAGAAACUAAUUGGAAAGCACUUAUCACUCCGUCACUCUGAGUGCAAUAUUUUACCACGCUAAUGUUGCCGGUAAUCUUUUGGACAAACUGAUCCCGGUUCGGCAGCACUUUGGCUCUGAGCAGCAUUGCGAAUUAUUCAGAAAUGCGGUGUACCAUUUUCUGCUUGAAAUCUGUUUUGUAGUCAAACUUCUGACCUAUCGCGAGCCUCCCAGCACCUGCGGAUGUUUUUCAUGUAAGAAAAGGUUAAUAAAUGUACGUAUGAAAAAAAAAAUCAUAUAAUAAAUGUCUUUACUUUGAAAUAAAUGUACUUGUUCUCAGAGGAGAGAAGUGGAUAUGCUUAAAAACUCACCUCCUUUGAAUGAAUGACUUUCAUUGUCUGGGCUUUUUAUAGCAUCACAUUGAGCACCAAAAAACUAGUCUAUCUGUGCUUAGUAUUUCUCCUUACUCUGAUAUUAUAGCCUAUACCUGCUGUCCGAGUAUACCUAAGAGUUAGUGUAACUGCAGCAUGCCGACCAGUAGAUUGCUUGUGGGACAGCAGACGUGACCUAAUAUUGAUAAUAAUAAUGUGAACAGCACUUUUCUGUACAGCCGGCCACCAGAGUUCACUGUGAACUCGUGGCUGUUGUUUCCCAUGAUCCUCCUUAACCUUACAAAACAAAGUCACCUUUCACUGCAGGGAUUCAGCUGCGAGUGUGAGUUGAGGAUGAAUAUCAGUGCUUUUUCACAUGUACUUUUCUGCCAUAUGUUCAUAAAAUUGAUUUUCCUUCAGAAGUGGAUGUUUGUUGCAUUUAUUAACACCCAGUAUGAAAUAAAUGAUAAACGUGUGAAAUAUUGAAGAAUUUUGCCUUUCUUUGAUUUUGUCUUUGAAAUGUGUUUUUAUCAUAUUUAACUUUUUCAUUUUUGACAAAAAUAAAAUGGCAUGCAUUAAAAUGAGAUUGCCUUUGAUCUGGUGUUCUCCUUUAACAUACAGCUGAAUGUGCAUAGACUGAAAUUCUUAAUUGUCAAGUUGAUGUCUAUUUCAAAUCUGAAAUGCAUGAUCUGACUCUAAGUGGCAUUAAAAUUUGUAUUACAGA